GAGCCAUCAUACAAUGUCAUUAAAACCCCCGUGGUGUUUCAGUAGCUCGUGGCAGUCUCUCUGGAUCAUACUUACCGCCUUCUUCUCUUAGGACCUGAAUAAAACAAGAAGGCAAGAUGUCAGAAAAAAAGAUGUCCUCGAGUCGGAAGCAUCAACUGAAGAGCUUGAUGCUUUCCAUUGCUAAAGGUCUUCUAGAAGCUGAAGCAGUUGCAGCAGAAGAGACAAGGAACACUUAUAUGGAUGAGACUUGUCCACCUUUGGAACUCUCAGGAUCUCUUGCUGACCUUCAGGAGCUGUGCAAGAAGCUCCACACAAGGAUCGACAAAAUAGAUGAGGAGCGAUAUGACCUGGAAAGCAAAGUGUCCAAGUCUAACAAAGAGAUAGAUGACCUGAAAAUUAAAGUUCAAGAUUUGCAAGGAAAGUUCAAGAAGCCAGCGCUGAAGAAGGUGCGCAUGUCUGCAGACUCUAUGCUUCAGGCUCUGCUCGGCUCCAAACACAAGGUGAACCUGGAUCUGAGAGCCAACCUGAAACAAGUGAAGAAGGAGGUCAAAGAAGAGUCUGCAGAGCAAGUUGGUGACUGGCGUAAGAACAUUGAGGACAAGGCUGGUAUGGAUGGCAGGAAGAAGAUGUUCGAGACCUCCUAAUUACCUCAUAGCACAAUGCAGUUGAUUGUUUUUGACUAGAAAAGCAGGCAGUGUACCUUUAUUAAAUAUUGCCACAUAAUAGGCCAUCAUUCUUUUGUAUAUGAUCUAAGGAUAAUAUAUUUCAAACCAGAAAGUCACCUGUUUAGUUCCUGUCUGCUGAAUAGUAAGUACUGUACAAACAUGCUACAAGUGAUAAAUAAAUAUCGGAAGUAUUUUAACGAUUCUUGUAGUUUGUCUGAAUCUGUGCACUUGGUUUCAGAGUGUUUCUGAUGUUUUAUGGACAAAAUACAAAUGUCAGGGAUUUGACAAAGUAGACAUCGUUCAAAGGUUUCAGGGUCCCUAAAUCCAGGCAUGAGAAGCACAAGAAUGUUUUGUUUUUUUUACCUGUUCUAACACACCUGAAUAAACUCUUAAAAGUCUUGAUAAUUAGUUAAUGAGUUAAAUCGGGUGGAUCAGAAUGGGUGAGAAAAAGACAUUUAAACCUCUCAAAAGAAAAAUGGUUCAUUUCUUCAUGCACAUCUGCAGGGAUGGCUCGAGAGGAUUUAUCAGUUAAUCAAGGCUUAACGAGCAUUUCAGAGAUGUCUGUGCUGCAGAGGCCCUAACGAAGACAGCAGGUGAAGACGUGAAUAACUCCUGGUCAGAACUCGUAAAAGCAACGCAGAGAAACACUGACAUCUAUUGGUCACGUCUGGAACUACAGGGUGGGAGGUAUUUGUUAAGAGGUCCAUGCCAGCCUUAUAUACUGUUAGCAACCAGUAAUUGGGGUGCCAGUGGCUCAUUUCCCUGAACCAUUCCUCCAUCAAGCCAGCACCACUGUCACAACUUUUCAUAUAGGGCUGGGAAAUUAAAAAGAAGCCGUCAAGAUGUCUGA